AUGAAACACUCUACGCCAUCAAGAUGCAAUCACCGCACCCCCUACAUCGAAGGUGCCAUGCGUUCGUUCAUAACCACACAGUCAGCGACGAAAUUAGGCGCCAACGACAAUGGAAAAGAGAUCAUCAACCUGACAGCUUUCGGUGGGAAAACAGACACUGUUCGCCAGAUCUCGAAAACAGAUUCACCAACCACGCCCAUUCGGAUUGUAUAUGAUGCAUCGUGCCGAGCAGCUGGAAGAUCAAGUCUGAAUGACUGCCUAGAACCAGGCCCCAAUCUGCUGAAUGACCUGGGCAGAAUCCUGCUUAGAUUUCGGAUACACCCUGUAGGAUUAAGUAGCGACAUACAGAAAGCAUUUCUCCAUGUCAAACUAGCUGAAGCUGAUCAGAUGUUCACCAAAUUCCUAUGGUUGGGAGACCCUGAUGACCCCGAGAGUAGAUUCCGCACGGUCCAAUUUCAAGUGGUACCAUUCGGGACAGUAUCAUCACCAUUUAUGCUGUUGGCGACAAUAAAGACACACCUCGACUCCUAUGACACACCGCUAGCAGCAGACAUACAAGAAAACACGUACAUGGACAACAUAUUCGCCAGUAUUCAACCAACGGAUGCCAUGACGUACUAUGAGAAAGCCAACGAAAUGAUGGAUGACGCAGACCUCAAAUUACGCGCUUGGACCUCGAACGAUACAACCAUCCGCCAGAGGGCACAAGCUGACAACAUUGAUGACCCCAAACCCAAGGUUCCCGCACACGGAAUGAUUUGGGACACUGAAGCCGACACAUUGACCUUCAACAAUAGGAACAAGCCCUAG